CACAAUUUAACCACUCCACCCCCAAAUUCCUGCCAUGCACCCCCACCCCUCCCACUAAACAAACCUCGCCGGCGGCGCACAUGGCUAUUUGCCGGGGACAUCUACUGGCUGCGGCGGCGGCGGUGGUGCUGUACUUCGCGGCGGCGGACCCGAACGACGAGCUGUGCUUGACCCGGCUGAGCGAGUCCCUGGAGGAUCCGACCCGAAAAUUGCAGAACUGGAGUAAAGCUACCUUCGCAAACCCUUGCCAGGGAUUCAAUUCCUUCCUCCAGGGCGCCACCUGCAACAAUGGCAGAAUCUACAAGCUCUCCCUCCCCAACCUCUCCCUCAAAGGCACCAUCUCCCCCUUCCUCUCCAACUGCACCAAUUUGCAGGCCCUCGACCUCUCCUCCAACCAGAUCGCCGGCGACAUCCCCGCCGACUUACAGUACCUCGUCAAUCUCGCCGUCCUCAACCUCUCCUCCAACCGCCUCGCCGGCGCAAUUCCGCCGCAGCUCGCUCUCUGCGCCUACCUCAACGUCAUCGAUCUCCACGACAACCGCCUCUCCGGCGCCAUCCCGCAGCAGCUGGGGUUGCUCGUCCGCCUCGCCGUCUUCGACGUGUCGAGCAAUGAGCUGUCCGGUCCGAUUCCGCCGACGCUCGGGAACCGGACCGGGAAUCUGGCCCGGUUCAAUGCCAGCUCCUAUUUGGGGAACAAGGGCCUGUACGGAUACCCUUUGCCCCCCAUGAAGAGCAGAGGUUUGUCUGUUUUGGCCAUUGUCGGAAUCGGACUUGGGAGUGGCUUUCUCAGCCUUGUCCUCAGCUUCACCGCCGUCUGCAUCUGGUUGAGAUUUACAGACAAGAAAUUGGCCGAUGAAGACGAAGGCAAGAUCAGCCAAUUGAUGCCUGAUUAUUGAUUCAUUAAUUAAUUCAUUACUGCAGAUUAUAUGAUCAUUUCUUUUAGAGAUAAUACUUGCUAUUGAUUCAAUUAAUUUUGCAGGUAUGUAUGCUUAGUUAAUAUAAUGAUUAAGAAAAUUAGCACAAGGGUGUGAUCACAUGGGCUAAUGAUGACCAUAAACAUCAACAAUGUCUUGUUUCUUUAUGCUAUUUAUCUUGCUGACAUUUUUAUGAAAGUUAUAUUGUCAGUCUCUCU